CAGGAACUAGCCGCUACCGAAUAAACACACGCAGAACAUCCAUCAAUAAGAUAUAGAAAACUUUAUUGACACGCGUUUUGUAGAACAGUGACAGGCAGGCUGCUGCCGCAAGACCAUCAUACAUGUAAUAACACGGGAGAAGGCGCGGGCUGUCUCGGCUGCCGGAGAAGGCAGCGGUGUUCUACUCAGACGUUAUCCGUAUUCCCGCCAAGAUGAGCCUGUGUGGGAAGGAAUUGUCCAACCUGCUGGGCAUCAUGACAGAGGAGGCGUGCAGUAACACGUUCGAGGGCCUCUCGGCCGCCUUCCAUCACUACUUCUCCAAAGCAGACCAUUUCCGCGUGGGCUCCGUGCUAGUCAUGCUUCUGCAGCAGCCAGACCUACUGCCCAGUGUCCCGCAGCGCCUCACCGCGCUUUACCUGCUCUGGGAGAUGUACCGCACCGAGCCGCUUGCUGCAAACCCCUUUGCUGCAGUCUUCGCCCACCUGCUCAACCCACCGCCUCCUUCUGUAGAGGAGAUCGAGAGACCCCUGUCAGGAUUUCUGCCGCCAAUUACUCCACCAGAAAAAUUCUUCCUCUCGCAGUUGAUGUUGGCACCACCAAGGGAGCUAUUUAAAAAGACUCCCCGGCAGAUUGCUGUGAUGGAUGUAACCAGUUUGGCUCAGCCAGUGGACAUCAGUGGACUACAGUUAGCUCUUGCUGAGCGGCAGUCUGAGCUCCCAACACAAAGCAAAGCCAGCUUCCCCAGUAUUCUAAGUGACCCGGACCCAGAUUCUUCCAAUUCCGGAUUUGACAGUUCUGUUGCCUCACAAAUAAUAGAAUCAUUAGUCAGCGGGCCAAAACCACCUAUUGAAAGCCACUUUCGUCCAGAGUUUAUCCGUCCCCCACCUCCUCUUCAUGUUUGUGAGGAUGAGUUAGCCUGGCUCAAUCUUAUAGAACCAGAUCAUGCUGUUAAAUGGGACCGAUCCAUGUGCGUGAAGAAUAGCACUGGAGUGGAAAUUAAGCGGAUUAUGGCUAAGGCAUUUAAAAGCCCACUUUCCUCCCCUCAACAAACUCAGCUUCUCGGAGAAUUAGAAAAAGACCCUAAGUUGGUGUAUCACAUUGGCCUUACUCCUGCCAAGCUUCCAGAUUUGGUGGAAAACAAUCCAUUGGUUGCUAUUGAAAUGCUGCUAAAGUUAAUGCAAUCAAGUCAAAUAACUGAAUACUUCUCAGUGCUUGUCAACAUGGAUAUGUCUUUACAUUCCAUGGAAGUUGUAAAUAGACUUACAACAGCAGUGGAUCUUCCUCCUGAAUUUAUUCACCUUUACAUCUCAAAUUGUAUAUCCACAUGUGAGCAGAUUAAGGACAAGUAUAUGCAGAAUCGUUUGGUGCGAUUAGUUUGUGUUUUCCUGCAGUCGUUGAUUCGAAACAAGAUAAUCAACGUGCAGGACUUGUUUAUAGAGGUGCAGGCUUUCUGUAUCGAGUUCAGCAGGAUCCGGGAAGCAGCCGGCUUGUUCAGGUUGUUGAAAACUUUGGACACUGGAGAAAACCCUUCAGAAGCAAAGCCUACAAAAUAACAUGUUGCAUUGCCUUUGUAAAGGAACUGCUUUCUGUAGAUGGAGUCUUGUAAAUUGAUUUUUUUUUUUUAUUAUUAUUAUUUAGUUUUAAGCAUUGUGAUGUAGUGUCCUCAGGGCAUGGUGCAUUGCUACAGUAUAGAAGCAUUUUCUGCCCACUAAAUAAUAGUUUUUUUUUUCAACUGUACACUUAAAGGGCAAUUCCAAAAUAUUUAAAUUUGUAAAUAUUCUGUGACUAAUUGUUGGCUGGACUGAUUUACAUUUCCAUGACUUAAGAAGUGUUGGAAUAAAGUAUAAUCUUCUGAUGACCAUAGAGAACUAUGGAAGGCACACAUAUUGUAUUUACUACAUGUUCAUAGUUAAGAUUUUCUUGGAUACAUCGCUGAUGCUGGACUGCUUGGGGUGAAGCCCCAUUACUGAAUCUUAAAAAUUGCUCUCCCCCUACUCUACAAGUACAGAAAUGGUUGCUUUAAAAAGAAAAUUAUUGCUCAACAAACAGACUGAUUUUAUUUUUCAAUGAAAAAAAAAUUGUAUAUUGACUUGGUAUGACAUUGAUCUCACUUAUUAUACUCCUAAUUCCUGAUCCUGGGUCGAUCUCUUCCAUGUUCUUCUGUAGAGACUGAUUCUGGUGUAAAACAGGGUUACAGAGUUUAGGCCACUAGCAGAAGCUA